AUGGAUAUUGAAUCUGAUGAUUCGGAGCGAUGGGAAGAUUUCUUUGGCAGUUCAACCGAUUUGGCACCAUCCCUAUUGUGUAUUUAUGAUAAACUGACCACAGUGCUAGAUAAUACAUCUGCAGCAGCGUCAACUAAACCACCAUCAACACCGAAUAAAUUACCCAAAUCCGACUGUGAUAAUCACUACAAUAAUUCAACUCUACAGAUUAAGGAGCAGCAUCAAACACCAACAGAAUCGUAUCUAAGUAAACUCCAGAGUUAUGCUAAAAGGGCUGAACUCAAAACAGCCGGUCACAGUGAUAACGAUAAUCUGUCGCAAAUCUCUCGCACUCCGUCGAACAGCGGCAGCAGCAAUAGCAGUAUAAGAGGGUCUCUGGAAUCGGUUGCAUCGACGAGUAGCACCCUCAGUAAACAUCGCACCAACAUACGCGUUCUAUCACCAAAUGUCCAGAGGAUUAUCACCCAUGCCGAUGCGGAAGCAAUCGACGCUGUGGACAUUGAGGCUCUGCAGAACACACCAAAGCUGGAUACUAAUGCUCAACAGCGCUUGUAUAAGAAGACAUCGACUCCCCAUUCUACACAACACAAAUUGAAAUUUUCUCACCUGCCACUGUCGAAAACCACAGGAAAAUUGGCACAGACCGGGACAGAUUUGGUUGAUACGUAUAACGGUAAUGGUGUAAAGGACGAGGAUGAUGAUGUAGAACCCGUUCGUAGAUCUGAAGUCAAAGCUGUGCAUGGUCUGAGAAAACCACCAACACCUGCCAUAGUUCCCAUUCCCGGGGUGGAUGACGAUCGGACACCAACCAACGCAUCACAAUUUGUGUUUGAUCCCACGCACGGUGAAACUUUGCAUAGCAAUCGCACAUUUAGUCUGCCACAAAGGCGCUACGAAGAAGAGUGCCUGGCUAAUGAGUCCACACUCGAUGAGAUAGUCUCCAAUAUGUCUUUAGAGUACAUCGGUGUAGGGGAGCACACAGUAGACACAAGUAUUAACUCGGACGUAGAUACGAAAAUUCAAACAAAUCUCAAUUUUAGUGACACCAGUAAUGGGCCAGUCGAUUCAGAAGAUAUUCUACUUGUUGAUGCCAUCAACAAGCCAGUGAUCUCAAAAUAUACCACUCGUACCGCGGCAACGCGACCCCUCACAUAUGCCCGUUCAAAAAGUUUGGCUGCCCGCGAUUUUGCCCAGAAAAAUAUUGAAGUGAAGAAGACGGCUUCGCGAUCAAUGAUAUUGCCCGAUUUGGAGCCGGACGAAAGCCAGAUUUCAGCCGAAAGUUUAGACCGUCUUACCGACAUCAAGUGCAAAUUCUCUCCCAAGGAAUCGAGAAAAGUACCGGGCCUUCUUCUGCCCGAUAUAGCCAAACUGAAACAUCGUCCAUUGUCAUCAUCAUCGAUAUGUUCCACGACGUCAUCGAGUUCUAGCUCCAGUUCGGGCGCCGAGCACAUGAAUGGCAAAUUCAAUACGUCUUACCUAGCAAGUGUGGAGAGUUUGGCCGACCACAGUGAAAACGAAUUGACGGAAACACAUUCCGGAAUGUCGGUGUUUGAGAGAGCCUGCAUGGAAAUUGUCGACUCAGAGAGAAACUAUGUCAACGACUUGGGAGAAAUUAUAAAUGGAUAUCUCUUGGAUUGGAAGGAGCGUGCCUGUUUGCGCCCAAACGAACUACAUGUAUUGUUUUCGAAUAUUGAAGAUGUUUACCACUUCAAUCAGUAUUUGCUCAAACACCUAUCGGAUGCCAUUUUGAAUCCAGUUAAGAUUGCCAAAUGUUUUAUCGAUCUGAAAGAUGGAUUUGAUGUGUACACCACCUAUUGCACAAGCUAUCCCGAAGCCAUUUCCUUGCUAACCAAAUUGCUACAAGCCACACAUACCAAUGCCUUACUGGCAUCUACGCAACGAAUGCUGCAUCAUACUCUGCCCUUAGGAUCGUAUCUGCUCAAGCCUGUACAAAGAAUCUUAAAAUACCAUUUGCUAUUGGAUAAUUUGAGAAAACACUGCGACAUCAAAGAGGUAAUGCAAGCCUAUGAAAUAAUGCGUCAGGUGGCACGCAAUAUUGAUCAAGUAAAGAGGAAGUUGGAACAGCAAACAAGAGUAAAGGAGCUUUCUGGCAUUUUAGAUGGAUGGAUGGGACCAGAGCUUACUGUCCUGGGCGAAUUACGCUUGGAGGGCGUACUUAUGGAAAAUAAUAAGCCAAGGAAAGUUUUACUUUUCGCCACCAUGUUAAUAAUAGCCAAAGCCAAAGAGGACAAUCGUUUGCAAUUCAAAAGUUACAUACACCAAAAUAAUCUCAUGCUGAGCGAACACUUGGCCGGCGAACCUACAAGCUUUUAUGUAAUACCAUACGAUGAACCGCGCAACCAAAUCAAGCUAACAGCUAAAAAUCGUGACCAGAAACGCCUGUGGACACAACACAUUAAAAGUGUCAUACUCGAAAAGUUCGACAACAUUCCACUACGCGCCAAGGAACUGGUCUACCAAUUGGGCGAUGAAGAAGAUCAUUCAUCCGAUAAAAGUCCUUGGAAGUGGGGCCUACAUUCCACAUCUACUCCCACAUAUUUAGAACGUCGCAAUCAGUUUCGCCGCAGCGAAAUGCGUAACCGUUCCAAGGUGAAGAGGAAAACCAUCACAAAUGCCACAUCCAUCGAAGUCUUCAAUGAGACCGCCAACAAGGAGUCCCACAACUUCCUCAAGUCCAUUUCGAAAAGUGCUGAAAGUAUAAACGAUAAGUCGCUAGCCUCCAUGGGAGCAGAGGUCGAAGAUAUGGUGAGACUACGUGAUGAUGUUUGCAAAAAUUCAAAAUGUGUUAAAAAUGACAAAUGCUCCUGUCCAUUUGACGAAAUGAAUGGGACAAAAGAUAGUAGGGCAAAGUCAGCACGUCAGGCGAGUAAAUCAUUCAGAUUCGGCGGUGGAAAACCUUUAAAAGAACGUAGUAAGUCUGUACCUCGUAUUAGCAUAGAAACGGGAAGCUUGGAAAAAAUUGAUCAAGACACCACGAAAGAUAAAACGACAAAUACUACCGGUGCAGUAGUGACGAGUUGUAAAACCCUGCCGAAACGUAUGUCGUCCACGCUGAGAAAACAAAAAUCCAAAACAAAGGAGACAUCGACAUUCUACAUGGCUUUAAGUGAGUUUGAAGAAUCGAACAACACUGUAUUGAAAAUUACCGAAUCUUCAGAAAAUAUUUUAAACCACAACGAACAUAAGGAGUCGGAUAACCCUAAAACUCAACAACAGCAAAAACAAUUACCUGAUGUCAUCCAGAAGACUGAGGAAUCAUCACAUGCUCUUGAACCAAAUUUGCCCGGAUCACAAACCCUAACACCAUCUGAAAAAGCCAGACAGGAUGCUCAAAUAGUAUUGGAUCUACUCAAGAAUAGCAAAGAGUUUGACAAACUCUACUCGAAGUUGCAGAAGAAACGAUCAUUUGAUAAGAAUGGUACUUCUCCCAAAAUUUCCGAUGUAAAAUGGACUAAAGAGGCUUUAGAAGUACCACCAAGACCUCCUUCACGAUCACCACCUCCCUUAGAGACCGAAGUAGACUGUCUGGAGUUCAAGCCGUUGAAUCAACAAACCCAAGAAGAACCUAUCUAUGAAACUCUUCUAAGAAAUGUCCAUGUUCCAUAUAAGUUCUCCCCCAUAAUGUCGCGAUCGAAAUCAGUGCAAUACAAUAACACCAACAACAUAAAUAACAAUUUAAAUAUUCGCAGCAGUAGCCCGAAACAGGAACGAAAAUCACCCCCAAGACCAGAAUCGGACUAUGUAACAUUAGUGUACACUGCCGAUGGAGUACUAAAACAUGUUGAUGAUGCCGAUGAUGAUGACGAAAUUCCUCCUCCGCUGCCUCCCAAAGAUGUAGUGCUGUCAUCACCAACCUCUCCGUCGUCCUCAUCAUCAUCUACUGUCACCCUCAAAAGAGAUAGCAUUGAUUCGCAAAAUCUUGCAGAAAACAAUCUCAAUGAUUUACCCCAACAAAUGAGUGCCAGCUUCCAUGGGACAUCAGAUUUUAAUCAAACACGACCACAAACGGCCAAAAGUAUCCUCAAACGUCUAUGGAGUCAUUCCACCUUGGCUGUUCAGGAUUCGUCAUCCAAUGCAACCUUAUGUCGCUCGGUAAGCAGUCUGGAGCGGAGAGGUUCGGCAGAGUUUGAAAGGGAACGCCAUUCAGUUUUACAUCUGCCAGGCAGUGAGACCAUAGGUGAACGGAUGGCCCAUGUUGACUAUGCCGACCCACGUACGCUAUUCUCAAUGAUAAAAUGCGAUCAAAACAAACAAUUACAACGUGAUUCCGUUUUUUCACUGACCUCAUCCAACGACAGUGUUUGUGAGUCGAAGACAGCCGCUGAUUGCAAAUCCCAGUCCCAGUUCAACAAGAAUAGCUUUGCCUACGAGGACAGCGUGGAGGCAAGUUUAGAGACGGAUUUUCGAGACUCGGCUGUGUAUAGUGAUGACAAUGAUCGCCGAAAUGAUAAAAAUCUUUCACAAUCAAUGCGAAUAUCACAGAACCCCCCGGUCAAGCCGAAACCCGUAAAUGUGCCACCCUCCCCUCUAGAAAAAUCACCCCUUAAACGAUCGAUGUCGAUAACAGAUCAAACAUUGCCCAUAACAAAUUAUCGAGGUCCGGGUGUUAUCAUGUGUCCGCCAGAUCUGAGCCCAUCCAGUACCCGAAGUUGGGUUCUUCAGCAGAUUGAUAAUUUCAAUAAGUGA